AUGGUGGGAGCCGCCAGUGGCGUUCACAGCUCCCACGUGGAAUUGAAGCUCGGAGUCACCACCCGGACCCACGCCAGGGCCGGGACAGGGACCGCCAUUCCUGCAGCAGCUUCUGCUCCCGCCCGGCUCAGCCCACAGAGGGCAAUGGCGGCGCCCCCGCCGAGGAGACGGGCUGAGGUUGGCGUGACCUUUGAGGACAUUGCCCUGUACUUCUCCAGGGAGGAAUGGAGCCUCCUUGAUGAGGGUCAGAGACAGCUGUACCUGAAUGUGAUGCUGGAGAACUUUGAACUUAUAUCCUGUCUGGGUUGCUGCUGUGGAGCAGAGAAUGUGGAGACACCAACCGAGCAGAAGAUUUCUGUAGGAUUGUCACAGUUAAGGAAUCCCAAGGUAGCCUUGUCUUCCCAGAAGAGCCACCCCUGUGAGAGUUGUGGGCUAGUCUUGGGAAAUAUUUUCAAAGAGAUGGAGCUGCAGGGAUCACAUUACGGACAGAUACUGUUGAGGUGUGGGGCAUGUGCAAAACGGUUUUACUUCAGUGUAAAAUUUCACCAGCAGCAAAUGAAAGAGAACACUUUGAUUAUAGGUGUGGACAGGAUCUCACUUAUAAACAGCUGCAAUUUAAAUGUAUCCCAGAAUCAUAUCACAUACGGGGAGGUUAGGCAGGGUGUCCUUACCGAAUCAGGACAUCUCCACCUAAAGGCUACUCAGACCAGGGACAGUCCAAAUGCUUGUUCAACCCGUGGGAUGAUGUUUCAAAGGAGAAAAAAUUGUUACGCCAGAAAAGAAUGUAAGAAAGACAUUAGUUGCAACAACCUACAUAAUCAUCAGAGAGUUCAUACAGGAGAAAAGCCUUAUAAGUGUAGUGAGUGUGAGAAAGAUUUUACCAGCAACAAAUGCCUUCGUAGACAUCAGAGAGUUCACACUGGUGAAAAGCCUUAUCAAUGCAUUGCAUGUGGAAAAACUUUUUCAGGUCUCAGUGGUCUCCAAUAUCAUGAGAGACUUCACAAAGGAGAAAAGCCUUAUCAAUGCAUUGAAUGUGGAAAAACUUUUACAGGUUCCAGUGGUCUCCAAUAUCAUAAGAGAUUUCACACUGGAGAGAAACCUUAUAAAUGCAAUGAAUGUGGAAAAUCUUUUACAGCUAACUCUGGCCUUCAUAGACAUCAGAGAAUUCACACAGGAGAAAAGCCUUAUGAAUGUAGUGAAUGUGGGAAAUCUUUUACCAGUAAGACCAACCUUCAUAUUCAUCAGAGUGUUCACACCGGAGAAAAGCCUUAUAAAUGCAGUGAAUGUGGAAAAUCUUUUAACACUAAGGCCCUCCUUCGCAUACAUCAGAGAGUUCAUACUGGAGAAAAGCCUUAUAAGUGCAACGAGUGUGAGAAAGCUUUUACCAGCCGCACCUGCCUUCGUAGACAUCAGAGAGUUCACACCGGAGAAAAGCCUUAUCAAUGCAGUGAAUGUGGGAAAUCUUUUAACACUAAGGCCCUCCUUCGCAUACAUCAGAGAGUUCAUACUGGAGAAAAGCCUUAUAAAUGCAACGAUGAAUGUGGGAAAUCUUUUAACACUAAGGCCCUCCUUCGCAUACAUCAGAGAGUUCAUACUGGAGAAAAGCCUUAUAAAUGCAACAAGUGUGAGAAAGCUUUUACCAGACGCACCUGCCUUCGUAGACAUCGGAGAGUUCACACUGGUGAAAAGCCUUAUCAAUGCAGUGAAUGUGGGAAAUCUUUUACAAGUUUCAGUGGUCUCCAAUAUCAUGAGAGAGUUCAUAAAGGAGAAAAGCCUUAUCAAUGCAUUGAAUGUGGAAAAACGUUUACAGCUCCCAGUGGUCUCCUAUAUCAUAAGAGAUUUCACACUGGAGAGAAACCUUAUAAAUGCAAUGAAUGUGGAAAAUCUUUUGCAGCUAACUCUGGCCUUCAUAGGCAUCAGAUAAUUCACACAGGAGAAAAGCCUUAUCAGUGCAGGCAAUGUGGAAAAACUUUUAGAGGUCCUAGUGGUCUCCAAUAUCAUCAGAGAGUUCACACUGGAGAAAAACCUUAUAAAUGCAGUGACUGUGGAAAAUCUUUUACUGCUAGGGCUACACUACAAUAUCAUCAGAAAAUUCACACUGGAGAAGAGCCUUAUAAAUGCAGGGAAUGUGGGAAAUCUUUUAAAUUUAGCAGUGGUCUGCAAUGUCAUCAGAGAGUGCAUGCUCCAGAAAGACCUCAUCUCUGUAGUUAAUGUGGGAAGACUUUUAUCACUAGCUCUGAACUUCAUUGCCAUUUGAGAGUACA